AUGGAUAUAGUCAAUCACAAUGCUUGUACAUUUGCUGAUUUAUCAUGCAUUGAGACUUUUUACAGCUCUUCCGUGCCACUAACUAUUAUACAAUGUCUCGUCCACCAUGUAGCAUUAAGAUUUUUGGUGACACGUAUCCUAAUGGUGUCUUGGGUGAACUCAAGGAAGGAGUUGCUUCUCACAUAUGUGGAAAUCUUGUUGCACUUGCUUCGUUCAAUGAUUGAGGUGUUGCUUCCAAACAAUGAACGCUGUGAAGGGAAAUUGGAACAUUAUAGUUUACAUUACAACGUUGCUCUAGUCAGCGUCAAGAAUUAUAAUGUUGAUUGUCCUGCGAAUCUGAAACAUCAGACGAUGGAUUAUUCUACCAAGGUAGUAGCUGUGGGCCGUCGCUUUGAACCAGAUUUAAUUAUGGCUGCAAGUGGAAUAUGUACCAGGUGGUCAGGCAAACUGGAUUGCAAUGAUCUUCGUUACACUGCAUGUACAAUCACUAUGGCUGGGAUUGGAGGGCCCCUUGUUGAUGUCAACGGCAAUUUUGUGGGCAUGAACUACUAUGAUAGGAACAUGGGAACUCCGUACCUGCGGUUUGAUCUUCUCUGCGGAAUUCUGAACUAUUUUAAGACAGGACAAACAAAUUAUGAGAAGAUAGAACCUCAUUCAUCAUUACCUGGUCCGGUGGCCCAUAUUGUUAAAGAUGGCGAGAAACAACCACCAAACAGCUGGAUGGGGGCUGGACAAAGUGAAGAUAUAGAUACCUUCAUGGAUCAAGAUGAAGAUGCAUCUAAAAAUGAACGUCUAGCCAUAGCCAAGCCCAAUAGAUGUUGGUACCGUAAUGGAGCUUUUAGCGUGUACAAGUAG